AUGCUUGAUGUGGAGUUACACCGCGCUCAUGUGGAGGCGCACCUGCUGGAGCAUGCGAUAUCUCCCUACUUGGAAGAGCGCAUCAUGAAGAAGCUGGGCAAUGCCGACGACCUCGCCGUUCGGGUAUCCGAUACCGGGCACAGAUUAUGUGCAAAAAGGGGAGUCAUUCGCCUGAACGAGGCAGAGGUUGGCCGGGAUCUAGUGAUUGACAAGAUUCCAGUGGACGAUGAGGUGCUCUGGAGCAUCUGGUGCAAAAAUCAG